AUGGCUUUCCUCAUCAGCCUCAUCUUUUUGUCAAGCUGGACAGCUCUCGCUUUUACACUUCCUCACAACAUGUUUGACAACACUUUGAAAGGGUCCAGGGUUGAGCUUGAAUCAUCUGGCAGUGGACCAGAUGAGCCUAUUCGAGGAGUAGUCAAGGUUGUGCAGCUGGACCCUCAUGCCCUGGCCCAGUCAGGAUUCUUCAGAAGAGGACUGACCCCAAGAAGAGCCCCCUCUCUCAGCUCCAGAUUGUCCUUCCCUACCUUCUUGUCUCAGGGGCGUCCAGGUCCGGCCCCAGCCUCCAAGGCCCCCGUGAGUCCACUCCACCACCUGCGCCCUAAAGGCCCAACUGAAAUUGAGUUUAAGAAGAGACAAGGCCUGCAGAUGUGGCAGAGAGCCAUAAAUAAAGGAGACAAGAUGACUAUGUCCCUGCCAAUCAACCUGAAGGACACUAAACAGACUUGUAGUGCAGUACCUUUCACUCAGCGUGUGACGGCAGACGGAUGCGACACAGUGACAGUGCACAACAAGCUGUGUUUCGGUCAGUGCAGCUCCCUGUUUGUCCCAUCCGAGGGGGAGUUCACUGGGAUGGGGGCCCUUCACCGCCAGGCCCCCUGCUCACGCUGCGCCCCGUCCAAAGCUCACACUGUUGCCGUGCCCCUGCGCUGUGGAGCCGAGGUCCGGGAGAGGCGAGUGAUGGUAGUGGAGGAGUGCAAGUGUGAGACGGGUGGUGAGGAAAGGAGUGUCGAGGCUGCAGCUUCCUCGCAGCUGUAG